AUGACAAAAAUUUCAGAAGGUCAGUUAACUUCGAUCCUGCAGGAGCUCAGCAAGGUCGUAAAAAUUCAGGGUGACCAAUUUGGGAAGAUGGCCAAAGCCUUCGAAUCAUUGGCCACAACCCAGAAGGAGCUGGUCGAGGAGACCAAAAAGAAAAACGGGAUGAUAGACACCUGUUUGGUCGAGAUCAGGAAUCUCUCGGUUCACGUCAAAGAGGCUCCCAUAAAAGCUCUUGCUCCGAGGACGAGCAUUAGAGAGACACGGAGGGAGGGAGUGUCGGCUGUAGUCACAGCAAGCUCCGCGUCUCGUGGCGAGGGCGCCACUAAACAGAAGCUACCAUCUACGCCACAUAGCAGAGAGAUCUAUCUCUCUCUUCCUCUCUUGUCUCUUGCCACCUUACUGGCGGCUCGUCAUUCGCUAACACGCUCCUCUCGAGAACGGUUCAGUUUUUCUACUUACCUUUAUCUUUUGUAA